AUGUGCUUGGCCCGGCAGGGCCGGAGGGCGAGCCACCGGGGCCACCAGAAGGCUUACCUCCAGGAUUUCCACCCGGGAUGCCGCCCUUUAUGGGCAUGCCACCGCCCGGCUUUCCACCUGGCAUGGGCCCAAAUGCCGUCGCAGAACCUGAAGGCUCCGGAGGCGCAGGAGCUCGCUACUGAGUACGAGAUGGGAUGGCUACCAGGCGACAAGUGUAGCGCAGCCGCAUGCGAGGAGAGCGCCAAAGUCCUCAGCAUGUUCUGUCCGCAUAUGGGCAAGGUGGAUGAGGUGCCUGGGGCUUUGAAGGCCGAUUGGGACUCAAGGCGCGUUGCUGCCGCUUCUGGGUGCCUUUUGCGCUGCUUCGGCUUUUGCGUUUGCUCCCAACAAAGCGGAGCCGAGCCGCAGGACAGUUCUUCGGGCCGAAGCCGAGCGGCCCCCCUGGGAUGGCUUCAGAGCUUUGCGCACCGCCGCGCGGCCGCAUUCUUCGGGGCGCUGCCCAAUCCUCUGAGCGUGUUCGAGCAAAGCGGACCUGGCACUGCCAAGGCCAUCACACCAGAUACCACGGUCUGGUCUGCAGAGAACCCUUUGGGUUUGGUGUGGGGCCCCUUAGAUGACGUGGUGAUGGGCGGAGCUUCCCAGUCCAAGCUCCAAGGCACCUCCUGGCGGGGUAACGUCAUCACCGAGGGGGGUGGCUUUGCAGGCAUUCGCUCCCAGCCCAUCAAGCCGGCCCUGGACGUCUCACAAUGCACCGGCCUGAAGAUCCGAGUGAAGGGCGGCGAUGGGCAACGCUUCAAGCUCAUCAUCCGGGACUCCUACGAUUGGAAUGGCAUUGCCUGGAGCUAUGAGUUCGACACCAGAAGUUUGUUGCCUUCCAUGGAUGGCGUGAUUGAGGCUUCAGCGCCCUUCUCGGAGCUUGUUCCAACCCUCUUCGCCCGCAGCGUCUCCGAUCAGGUGUUCAACAAGGCACAGUUGACAGCUGUGCAGAUCACGCUCAGCAAGUUUGGCUAUGAUGGCGCUCUCAAUCCAAACUUUAAGGCAGGAGAGUUCACCCUGGACAUUGAGUCCAUAAAGACCUUUUGA